AUGCAGGCGUUGCGCGCAUCAGUUCUUCUGCUGUUGUUAGUCUUUGGAGCGGGAUCUGCCCGCGGUUACUACACAAAUAUCGAGAUUGGUCCCGUGUCGGAAGGAGUCCGCAUCACCGCUUUCGAAGCCACGAUUGUGGUGGAUCCGACAAUGCUCACCUUACCCUGGCACAACAAGUUUUCCCUUUCCGUCUCGCUAGGGCCCUAUUUCUCGAAUAAGAUCAAAGAUCCCAAGCAUCCUGACAGUUUUUUGCCAUUUUACGUAUCGAUCUCAGUGCAAAGCGAGCCAUGCUACAACCAAGACACAGCUCAGCCGCAAUGGUGUCUCCUGUAUGCGGGAAACAACCUUGUGCAAAUCCCAUGGCCAUCAACAGAAUUACUCACCUACAAGUUCAAUUUUGUGGAGUUCAUGCAUGACUGGCAACAGAUGGGCACAUUCAAUCUCAACGACCCAUUCAUCCACUACCAGAGCAAGAACAACAAUGCGGCGCUGAUCGAUCGAACUUCAGUGAUCAUUAUGGCCGAUGGAUUUCGAGAAGACGGCUCCACAACAGACAGGAAUCCUAUGAAGCUCACAGAUGUCACAAUUUUGCUGAACCAGUCAGAUGAAAACUUCCUCAAAUCUAAUCCUUGCAUGCCAGACUUUGGGUGCUCCACAGCUGAGAAGCAGGAAGACGGUAAAACUUGGAUGAUCAAAGAGUUGAAUCUCUACGAUUUGAAACGUGCAAGACAGCUAGGCUACACAAAGUAA